UUGGCGACCACGAGCACACAAACCUCACUGUCCUGUAGGCUGUAGCUCGUGGAGAAGCUAUGGCGGCAACGGUGGAUGUGUUGACGUCGGAGGUGGUCGUGCCGGCCGAGGAGACGCCGGCGGGCGCCGUCUGGCUGUCCAACCUCGACCUCGCCGCGCGCCGCGGGUACACGCCCACGGUGUACUUCUACCGGGCGAACGGCGAGCCGGGAUUCUUCGCGGCCGACGCCAUGAGGGACAGCCUCGCCAGGGCCCUCGUGACGUUCUACCCGAUCGCCGGCCGGCUUGGGCUCGACGGCGACGGGCGCGUCCAGAUCGACUGCACUGGCGAGGGCGUGGUGUUCGUCACGGCGCGAUCUGGGUACGUGCUCGACGACCUGAUGGAGGAGUUCGUGCCCUGCGACGAGAUGAGGGACCUGUUCAUGCCCCCGGCGCCGCCGGCGUCGAAGUCGAGCCCGCCGGGCGUGCUGCUGCUGGUGCAGGUCACGUACCUGCGGUGCGGCGGCGUCGUGCUCGGCAUGGUGCUGCACCACUCCAUCGCCGACGGCCGUAGCGCGGCGCACUUCGUGGAGACGUGGGCGAGCAUUGCACGCGGCGCCUCCCCGCGGGACGCGCCGGUGCCGCCCUGCUUUGACCACAAGCUGCUCGCCGCGCGCCCGGCGCGCACGGUGCUGUAUGACCACCCGGAGUACAAGAGCGAGCCGGUGCCGCCGGCGCGCGCCGUCACGGCGUCCACGUACGCGAGCGCCAUCAUCACGCUAACUAAACAGCAGGUGGCCGCGCUGAAAGCACGGUGCGGCGGAGCGUCCACGUUCCGCGCCGUGGUGGCGCUGGUGUGGCAGUGCGCGUGCCGCGCGCGGGCUCUGCCGCCGGAGGCGGAGACGAGGCUCUACUCCAUGAUCGACAUGCGCCAGCGCCUGGCGCCGCCGCUCCCGCCGGGGUACUUCGGCAACGCGGUGAUCCGCACGUCGACGGUGGCGACGGCGGGGGACGUGGUGUCCAGCCCCGUCGGCCACGCGGCGCGGCGGGCGCGCGCGGUGACGAGCCAGGGCGACGACUACGCGCGGUCGCUGGUGGACUACCUGGAGGGCGUCGACACGGCGAACCUGCCGAGGAGCGGCGUCUCGCGGGCGGACCUCCGCGCCAUCAGCUGGCUGGGCAUGUCGCUCUACGACGCCGACUUCGGGUGGGGCGCGCCGGCGUUCAUGGGGCCGGCGAUCAUGUACUACAGCGGCUUCGUUUACGUGAUGAACGCGCCGUGGAAGGACGGCGCCGUCGCGCUGGCGCUGUCGCUGGAGCCGGAGAGCAUGCCGGAGUUCAGGAAGGUGUUCGCCGACGAGGUGGCACGCCUGACGGAGUAGAGCCGUACGUACCAUGACUCGUAGCCCAACCAUGUAUCCAUCACACAACACACAUCAGUUGGUCGUUACGUACGUUGCCAGUCCGGCCGUACAUACGUACGAGCGUGCUUGAACUGUAAUAAUGUUUGCAUGUAGUAUUAUGUAGUACUACCUCCCAUUUCAUAAUGUAAGACUUCCUAGUGUAUCCUAAAUUUAUAUAGAUAUCAG